CUUGCCGCAGUAUUUCUUGUUGUCUCGCAAGUUGAGCUAAUUAAUGUCUUUUAAUGUUUAUUGAUUUUUAUUAAAUUUUGGAAAAAUAUGAAUACUGCUAAAAUUGAAGAAGGUCGUGAAUUAGUGCGUCAAGCUGAAAAAUGCUUAAAGACUAGUCUUCUUAAAUGGCGUCCAGAAUAUGAUUUAGCUGCUGAUUAUUAUACAAAAGCAGCUACUGCUUUCCGAAUAGGUAAAUCGUAUGACCAGAGUAGAGAUUGUCUCUUGAAAGCAGUGGAUUGUUAUAAACAUAAUACUGCUUGGUUCCAUGCUGCAAGAUGCUACGAACAGAUAGUCCUGAUUUGUAAAGAAACCAAUAAUCUCUUACAAGUUGAAGAAUAUGCUAAUAAGGCCGCUAAUCUAUAUCAACAGCAUGGAUCACCUGAAUCGGCUGCGGCCGCUUUAGAUAAAGCUGCUAAAGUUGUCGAACAAAAACAUCCAGACAUGGCUUUACGCUUUUAUCAGCAUGCUUUAGAAGUCUCCAUGAUUGAGGACUCCUCUCGUUCGGCAAUUGAAUACUGUUCCAAAGUUUCUCGCAUUUUGGUUAAAUUGAGAAUGUAUGAUCAAGCCGCGGACGCUUUGAGAAGGGAAAUCGGAUUGAAUCAGCAAUGUGAGUCUUAUGGACAAAUUGGCAGAUUAGCAGUUGUUUUGGUUAUGGUUCAGUUGGCCCGUGGUGAUCAGGUGGCGGCAGAAAAAGCUUUCAAAGAAUGGGGAAACUGUUGUGAUGCACAAGAAGUACAAACAUUAGAAAUGCUUUUACAAGCCUACGAUGACGAAGAUCCGGACACGGCGUUACGGGCUUUAUCUUCACCUUUCAUUAAACACAUGGAUGUCGAGUAUGCUCUAUUGGCGCGUGAAGUUCCCCUUCCACAAGGCAUGCCAGCUUCAAAAGCAGACGUUAUUAAGAAUGCGACAGCGUCGUACACGUCGCCAAAUGCAGAUGCAUCUCAGAGCGAAGAUGGUGCCGGUGAUGCUGCUGAGGAGGAAGAGGAAGGUGGUCUCUGUUAAAUUAAUUGUAUUUUUUUUUAAUGUAGUUAAAUGAAUUGUUUAAAUUUGUCAGUUAAAAGCUAUUAAACCUCAAUGCCCUACUUAUUGCAGAAACAAAAAAAAGAAAUAAAAUAGCUUCAAUAUAGUCUAAAUUUCAUUCCAGAAUAAAGUAAAGUAACAUAUUAA